UUAAUUUUUAAUAGAUUUAAAUCACGAAGUAAAUAUACUAUAAAAAAAAUUUAUUUGUGUUAAGUAAUACUUAUUACUCCUAAAAAUGGAGCUUAGAAAUUCGAAAACAAAUCAAUACAAAAGUUCUUUAAUUAAUUUAGGGCUAUAUGAAAAUGGCAUGAAAUUGGAAGAAAUGAGACAAGUAAUGCAAGCAAUAGAAGAGUCAGAGCUGGAAUGCGAAACAGCUUUUUACGAGGCUGAUCUGGAACGUGCUCUGAAAGAAAGUGAGUUGGACUAUGUUCAAAUGCAUUCUGAGGCUCAUUCCUCUACAAUGAUUAAGCAGACAAAUAUUGUAAGGUCGUUACCGCAUUGUCCAAUGUCGCCUCAGCAAAAUCUUCUUAAUUCAGAUGCUUCACCUUUUAGUAGCCCUGAAAUAGCAUCGGAAAAAGUCGUUGUUCAAGCAAUAGUGCAUCACGAAUUGAACUGGAGUCCUCCGCAAUUCAGGAAAUUAGAUCAAUUGUUAAAUGCUAAAAGCCUAGCUUGCCUUGAGAAGAAUAACGGAAGCACUGAGAAGCGGAAGGUCGACGAGAAUGAACAUGAUGAAAAUAUUAUUAAGCGUUCCAGGUUACCCAUAACAUCUUCCCCAAAAUCUUUUGAAAACGACUCAGAAAAUCAUUCCGGAAAUGAUUCUGACUAUGCAAGUCAAAUUACAGAUGAUAGUCAAUCGGAUCCAUCCUUUUAAAGUUUCUUGUUAUAUUUCAUGUAUUAAAUAGAUUUUAUUUGUAAGUAAAUACUCUUAAAGAAGUCUUCAAUUCCAAUAUUAAGUAAUGUAAAAAUGUAAAUAAUAAAC